AUGGUGGCCAUUACUCUGUUCUCUGACCUGAAGGGAUGUGGACAUGGUGCAAGUUUUCCUUUAAGUUACCAUGGGAACCUGGAACGUCGCCAUGUGGACCCCUCCCUGGAUGUCUCGGGAAGUCGGCACCUUUGUGGAAAUUCGACAGAAGUGACCCUGUGCCAGUCCCCAGACCAGGCUUCCAGAGGCUCUGCACGUUUCCUCUCUCUGGAACCCUCUCCGUACCCCGAGAACAAGCCCAGUUUACCUGCCCUCUUCUCCCCUCCCCUCGCAGACGCGCAGGGGAGCCCGGAGGACCUCCUAGCCCUGUUCCUUGGCUCGGCCAGCGAGGUCGAUGUCCAGGUGGCCGUGUACGUGUGUCCAGCCCAGGCCCGAGCGCCCCGAGCCCCGGGCCUGAGCGGCCCCGGGGACUGGAAAGCAGAGAAGGAAAACCUGGAGGAGGGCUGGCCGAAGCGGCCACCCGCUCCGAACUUGUCAGGGAAACUAGUGCGGAGGGAGGGGCCGGGGCCGCGACGGGGGAGGGGCGGCCGCAGCUGCAUCCAGCCCCUUUGGCUUCCUUCCCAGCGCUCCUCGCCUCCUCCUCCUCUUCCUCCUGUAUGA